UCAUCGUGGGCAGCCACGUCACCCCAAACUUGCAAGAAAUGCUUUGGCGCUUUGCCUCGGGGCUAAAAGCGCCUGCAGUGGAAUGGAUCCCAGGGAACCCUGGGGUUGGCGUCAAAGGCACGUGUCUUGGCGCCCGGUUGGUAUUAAAGGUGCAGUGGAAAGAAUUUGGCGGCGAAGAAAGCGGGCGGCAGGAGAUUAGAGAUUGAGAGAGAAAAUGAGUAGGUGUUCGAGGGGAGAAAAGGAAGCCAUGAAAUCAACCAACAAUGGGGAAAAAGAAGAAAGAUAUCAUUCAGUUGGAUCGCGAAUCCGUGAUUCCGAUUCACAAACCCAAGCUUAUCAUCACCUUGUCCAGCCUCAUUGAAGAUAGAUCAGAGAGGGACGAGUUUCUCAAGUUCUGCAAAAGAGUUGAAUACACAAUCCGAGCUUGGUAUAUUCUACAGUUUGAGGAUAUGAUGCAAUUGUACUCCCUCUUUGACCCCGUUCACGGGGCCGAGAAAUUGGAGCAGCAGACCCUGUCUCCUGAAGAAGUUGAUACUCUUGAGUUGAAUUUCUUGGCAUACCUGUUUCAGAUGAUGGAUAAAAGCAACUUCAGGCUAACAACAGAUGAUGAGGUUGAGAUUGCACUUUCUGGGCAAUAUCGUCUGAAUCUUCCUAUCAUUGUUGAUGAAUCUAAGCUUGACAAGAGGCUUUUGAGGAGAUAUUUUGCAAAGCAUCCUUAUGAAAACCUUCCACACUUUGUUGACAAGUACAUAAUCUUCCGACGUGGCAUUGGAAUUGAUAAAAUGACCGGUUACUUCAUCAAUGCAAAAGUCAACACAAUCAUUGUACGUUUUUUCGGAUCUCUUUUCAGAUGGACUGGGAUAAGUAGAUGUUUUUAUGGAAAGUCUAGUUCACAGUGUAAGAAAGAACAAGAAAACCCUAUUCAGAUUAGCACUGAAGCUGAGCAAGAUGGCCUAUCUGUUGAACGAAUCCAUAUCGAAAAUAUGAAGCUCAGUAUCUCAAAUCUAAUGAACAAGAUCACAAUCCAGGAACCUACUUUUGAUAGGAUAAUUGUUGUUUACAGGCGGAUUAGUAAGAAAGAAAAAUUGAAACGAGGAAUAUAUGUGAGGCAUUUCAAAAACAUUCCAAUGGCUGAUAUGGAAAUUGUUCUUCCAGAAAAGAAAAAUCCAGGUUUAACUCCAAUAGACUGGGUCAAAUUCCUUGUUACUGCUGUGAUUGGGCUGGUGACUGUAAUUAGUUCACUCAGCAUGUCAAAAGUGGAUAUUCGGGUCAUCUUUGCCAUCCUCUCCACACUGAUUGGUUACUGUGCCAAGACAUACUUAUCGUUUCAGAAAAAUUUGAAUGAGUACCAGAACUUAAUCACACGGUCCAUGUACGACAAACAACUGGAUAGUGGAAGGGGAACUCUGCUUCACUUGUGUGAUGAUGUGAUUCAACAAGAAAUAAAAGAGGUAAUUAUUUCAUUCUUUAUAUUGAUGGAGCAGGGCAAAGCUACUAAACAGGAUCUUGACCUGCACUGUGAGGAACUAAUUAAAGAAAAGUUUGGUGAGACUUGCAAUUUUGACAUUGAUGACGCAGUUCAAAAGUUACAGAAGUUAGGCAUCAUUUCCCAGCUUUUAGCUAAAAGGAUGUUGCUAUGGAAACUACAAACAUACCUAAGGAAAAUACCAAGGUACCGAAUUAGCACCUAUUGAACUCCUCGUCUAGGCCAUUGGAUGAGGAUACAAACAAAUGGAACUAAGGUAUAAGGAUACACAUGAAUAAAACUUGUGUACACUGACACCUUUUCGAUACUUCCUAAAAAUAUCAGUAAAAGAAUACCAUGUUAAUUCAAAGUGUUAGAGGGUGUUUGGUCUAUUGACUUGAUGAUUUAAUAUAACUUAAUAACUUAAUUUAAAUCAUUAAAUAGAUUAAACAUUUUUCGUAAAAUAACUUAAUAUUACAAUUUAAAGUUAAAAAUAAAUUUAUUGCUUAAAUAGAUUAAGCAUCUUUUACAAUAAAUUUUUUGUAGUAUGCAUCUAUAAUAUUUUAAAUAUGGAUAUUUAACGAAUAAAUUUAUUGCUUAAGAUUAUUGAAAGUAUAAUUAUUAGUAAAAGUUAAUGAGAGAAAAUAUAUCAAUUUGAUGAUUUAGAAUAAAUUUUAAAUUAACUUUACUAAGCAACCUUAAUACUUCAAGUAAAAAUUAAGUAAUAGGUUUUAAGUUAAUAAUUUAAGAAUAAUUUAAUUUAACGAUAACUUAAGUUAUUAAGUAAUAAAUAUUAAGUUUUAUCAAACACCCUUUUAAUGGAAGAUAUUCACUUGAUUGAUUGAUUAAGUUACUACUUUGUCAAGACUCUAGUAGGGACUCCAAACUGCUAUAGAAAUGUGCGGUUCCGUUGGUGAAAAUAUUCCGCUCAUUCUUUUUGCAGAAAAAUGUAUGCAGAAUUUAUUGACUAGAAACUGCAAUGAUACAUUACUAUGGAAUCAAAACUAGUACUUGUUUAUUAAAUUAAGAGCUAAUCUAAUGUUUCCCCUUAUUAGCAAGUAACUUUUGAACUCAGGAUGAUGUUGGAAGGUAUUCUUGCAUAAGUUUGGAGCAUGCCAAUGAGACUAUUGGCACCACCACAGAGGAAAUUGUCAAGGCAAAACAGGGUGCUUGGAAUAUUUGAUGCUGUUUUGGAGAUGCAAACUCAUUCCAUCUCUGUAAGUGAUUCAAACAUCUAAUGCCUUGGCAGAUAUCUAUGGCUUGAUACUUCUUCUCUCAAGCCUCUCCAGACCAACACUUGGUGGUAAGAAUUCUUCAAUUGUGUGCAUAUUUUUGCUUGGAGCAGUCAAAUUGGAUAGGUUGUUUUUAACCUGCAAAACAAGGCAGUGUUAAUAGUUACAGUCUAUACAGAUUUGGCAGUAAAAUGUACAUAAUGUUGUUUUUUAUUUAUGGUCAUAGAUUUUAUUGUGUA